CGUAUACGCUCCGGCAACAGGAAGUCCUCGCGGUUGCCAUGUAAUAUCCUGACUGGGCAGGGAGAGCAGCGCCGGCUGCGAGUUUAUGUCGACUGGAAACAAGUUGCGCAAAUUAGCGACUUUUUUUUUUUAUUGCGAGGAAGUUUUUUUAAAAGAAAGUAAACGGCCGUGUUGAGAGGACAGUCCGCUUCCAAGAUGUCUGUGGCGGGCUUGAAGAAACAGUUUUACAAAGCGAGUCAGUGGACGACGUUCCCGCACUCUUGGUUAAGUUCAGUGGAAAGUUCCUGAGUCAUCCCAGAGUCUGCAACAAUAUUCGUUUCAAAUGCUGGAGAAUGGUGAGCGAGAAGGUUGGCGGUGCAGAAGGGACUAAACUGGACGAAGACUUUAAAGACCUGGAGAGGAAAGUAGAUGUGACGAGCAAAGCUGUAGUAGAAAUGAUCUCCAAAACCUCAGAGUACCUGCAGCCUAACCCAGCGUCCCGUGCGAAGCUCUCCAUGCUGAACACCAUGUCGAAGAUCCGGGGCCAGGUGAAGAGCCCAGGCUACCCUCAGGCAGAGGGGCUACUGGGGGAGUGCAUGGCCAAGUUUGGCCGCGAACUCGGAGAAGACACCAACUUUGGUGGCGCACUUAUCGAUGCAGGGGAGACCAUGAAGAGACUGGCCGAGGUGAAGGACUCACUUGACAUUGACGUCAAACAGAACUUCAUAGACCCUCUGCAGGGCUUAUCUGACAAGGACCUCAGGGAGAUCCAGCAUCAUCUGAAGAAGCUGGAAGGACGCCGCUUGGACUAUGACUAUAAGAAGAAACGUCAGGGGAAGAUUCCAGAUGAAGAGGUCCGACAAGCCUUGGAGAAGUUCCAUGAGUCCAAGGAGGUCGCAGAGAUAAGCAUGUACAACCUGCUGGAGACUGAUAUCGAGCAGGUGAGCCAGCUGUCCUCGCUGGUGGAGUCGCAGCUGCAUUACCACAGGCAGGCUGUGCAGAUCCUGGAGGAGCUCUCGGACAAACUGAAGGACAGGAUCAACGAGGCGCAGUCCCGCCCCCGCCGGGAGUACACCCCUAAGCCUAGACCUGUGUGUGACUUCAGAGAUAACGACCAAUCGAAUGGCGGCUUCGCCCCCUCCACCCCAUCGACUCGCUCCUCAGGCUCCCGCUUCCAAUGCCGCCGAUUUUCCUUCCGAAAGACCAGAAACCGUGCAGAGCAGCCUUGCUGUAAGGCCCUGUACGACUUUGAGCCGGAGAACGAGGGCGAGUUGGGCUUCCGCGAGGGAGACAUCAUCACACUCACCAAUCAGAUCGACGAGAACUGGUAUGAAGGCAUGCUACGGGGCCAGUCUGGAUUCUUCCCACUGAACUACGUGGAGGUGAUCGUUCCUCUGUCUCACUAAAGAGGGCACCAGGAGGAAGAGGGGACUGAGAUUUCACUGAGACCCCAGGGCAUUGCCCUAACCUGUACCUUCAUCAUGGCCACUCUUAAAACACUUAAAUGUACACAACAUGUCCCCAUCACAUUUCAUAGGAGAGACAUCCAGUCUCAUAUCCAUGAGAAUGAGGGAAACACUUAAUUCAAAGUCACUCGCGCACUUUUUUGGCCCAGGUUUUAAGGGCCAUGGUAAAUUCUGUAUCACUGCUGACAGCAACGCAUCACUGUGGUUGACGGAAGAAGUCUGGUCAAAAUCUAGAAGCCGUUAGAUUUCAUAGUAUUUACAGGACACACAGAAUCAGGAUUGAGAGAUCAGCUCCACUGUGAGAGAUCAGCUCCACUGUGAGAGAUCAGCUCCACUGUGAGAGAUCAGCUCCACUGUGCAGCAUCUCUGGACAUUAUGCCAGGCUCCACUUCCUGCUGGUAAUAAGAUUAACUUUGUCUGCAACACAAGUUAUUCAGAGUAACCUGACUCCUUAAUUUUAGCCAGGCUUCUCCUUUAACCCUUUGCGCUCUCCUGCCAGCCCAUCACGGUAAGCAGCUGCAUGAUACUCAUGAAUGCCAUGAGAAAAUAGUUACGGUAGAUUCAUUACACGUAAAACCACCUUUGUUCAAGUCUGGGGUCCAUAUUUUCACUUAUGUAUUAGGCCCAGUGUCAUUUCUUUGCAAAAUCUAAUGUUAUAGAACCAUGGUCCUUUUUCGGAAGUCCACAGAGGUCUUUGACUGUACUUUGUCACAGUUUGGGAGAGGGUCUCCUUAGGAGUGUUCAGUAGCUCACACUGCAGGUGUUUAGGAGGUAUGAGCAAUAUCACUCAACACAAGAACACUAGACCUAUUGGAUGGACUACAUACAAGCUCUUAAUCAUAUAAUGCCCCACCCACUCGGUUCGAACCCUUUGAACUGUUAAGGUCCUUCUUGAAAGUGCAGUAAGACACCCUUCACCAUCUUAGGCUGUGCUUUAGUUUGUGUCCUUGGCCUGCCCCGUGUCAGGUGUUUCCCUGCAGGGUAUCACCAUAGCCAGCCUAAGAACGGAACCCGAAAGGGAUAGGAGAAUGCUUUCCGCGUCGGCGUCUUCGUGUGCCUGUCUCUAACACUUCGUGUUUUCUCCUCUGCGUGGCUCUUCCGUGUUCUGCUGCUGGUAGCUCGCUCGUCAGCAUUGGCAUGGGGAGACCUCGCCUUCGUGCGGGUUACCGAGCUCCUGUUGUGAGACCCCCUUCCCGUCUGCUUCUGGCUGGCCGCACUCGGCUCUGAGCCCUGUCAUCAUUGCCCACCGGGUCGUGGUCCUCAGCGGGGGGGGGGGGGGGGGUGAACGCAAAGCGUCCAUCGGGGUCAAUCUGGAAGCUGCAAUGGCCGUGCUUGGGUGGGAACGCCCCCCACGCAUGGUCAGAUUACACAUCUGUCCUAAAUCCCCUGUCAUCGUCUUUCUCCUCUGCCCCCUCCCACACGCUGUGCUAAUGUGUGACAUAACACACAGCAUGUUUAUUUAAAAAGGAAACGUUUACAUUGUCAUUUUUAGCUUUAUUUUAAAAAUGUGUAUAUCGAGAGGUGAGGUGACUCUGUCUGAGCACAGAGAACCCAAGCCCCAGCCCUCCCCCUGCCUGCCAGUGGGACAGGCUACUGCAUUGUUUAUUUCCCUUCUUUUAAAGCAACCUUCGAAUGCUAAUCCCAUGAAACAGUGUAUUGAUGACACAUAGGUGCAUGGGUGCAGCUGCAGCAUGUCGAAGCAUGCAGAGAAAUGCAUGCGGGUUUACUAAAAUGUAAAAGCUUUUUUUCCCCUUUCUAAUCCAGUCAUAGGCCCAGUAUUUUAGGGAAAAAAAAUAAUAAUCUGCUAUUCCAUAGUAUUACUUUAAUAUCAAAACCAUAAUGCAAAAAAACAUACAUUUUUAUAUAAAUUUAUCAGACUGCAUGAAGCUUUAUACUCUUGCUUAUUGUAAAACAUACUUUAAGGGGAAAUCUACUUUUAUUGUAGGUUUUGCUAAGAAUUAAUGCAACACUAAAUCGCAAUGUUCUGUUGUGUAUUAUCUUAAUUUUUUUUGUAUUUGCGUCAUGGGUUUCUGUCUUUAAAUAAAUACCAGUUUAAAAUGUGA